AUGGGUUCAGCAACUUGUCCUUGCCAGGCUCAAGCCAUCACUAGUGUGCCUGGGCUCCAACUCCAUUUGUGCAUAUCUCAACUCGCGAAACUUUUGUUGUUGCGAAACGAUCGGGUGCUGGAUGACAGUAUAAAACUUCAAGAUCUAGAAUCGCAAUUAAAAGAAAAAGAAAAGCAAGAAGCCAAAGCUAAUGCUUCUGUUAAAACAAUAAAGGAGAGUAUUAAUACAGAACAGAAAAAAAAGAAUCAACUAGAGAAAAAUUUAAAAGAUGAUAGUAAAAUUUUACAGGAAAAAGAACAGGAACUAAAUAAAGUAAAAUUAUUAUUUGAGAGUUUAAAAAAAGAUGAUGCAAAAGAUAAUGAGGCAUUUGCAUUAUCUCAAAGAAAAUUUGAAGCAAUUAGUGCUGGAAUGGAAGUAAAUGAAGAUGGUGAGGCAGAAACACUUCAAGAACAAUUGAUGAAUGCGAAACAAGAAGCAGCAAGAGCUUGUACUGAAAGUAAUCAGGCUUCAACACAGUUAACUUUUUGUCAGUCACGGUUGGAAGAAAAACAAAAAGAGCUAGGGUCUAAUUCCACUGAUUAUGAAAAAGAUAAAAUUGACUUAAAUAAUAGGGAACAAGAAGUUAACAUUUUAGAAGUCAACAUAAAAAAGUUGAAAUUUUCAGAAGAACAAAUGAAUAAACUUUUAGAAAAAAGAAGAAUAUUACAUCAAGAGAUUCGGGGCUUGCAGGAGAAAAUUGAAAAUUUUGAUGCACAUAAACCAUACACAAAAUUUCGUUAUUCAGAACCAGAACCAAAUUUCAAUAAGCACUGUGUCAAAGGUGUUGUAUGUCGAUUGAUAACAUGUAGUGAUAGUGAUACUUGUAUAGCUCUUGAAACUGCUGCUGGAGGAAGGUUAUACAACGUUGUUGUUGAUUCAGAAGUUACCAGUAAAAAACUUCUACAAAAAGGUAAUCUUCAGCAGAGAACAACAUUUAUCCCACUGAAUAAGAUAAGAGCUAACAAAAUGAAUAAUGAUGUAAUACGUCUAGCUCAGGAAUUAGUUGGUAAAGAAAAUUGUAGACCUGCUUUGUCUCUUAUAGAAUAUGAUAAAGAACUUCAAACUGCAAUGGAAUUUAUUUUUGGUAAUGUCUUUAUCUGCAAAGACAUGAAUGUAGCUAAGCAAGUAACUUUUCAUGACCAUAUAAGGCGCAAAUGUGUUACAUUAGAUGGCGAUGUAACAGAUCCAUCUGGCACACUUUGUGGAGGAGCACCGCAAAAAGGAGGAUCUCUUCUUUUACAGUUAUCCGAUAUUCAACAGUAUGAG